AUGGCAAGCUGGGAGGAGUCACAGGAGUCUCUCAAAGCAGAUGUUGGCCAGUUGAAGGACCAGAUCGGCCAGAUCUUGGCGGCGCUUGAAUCCAUGAAGACUACUGGAGAGUCUUCAGCUGCACAUGUUGAGGGGAAUGCUCACCCUUAUCCCCCAAUGUUCAACGCUGCAAGCCAGUCAGUUCUUUUCCCACAGUAUGGUUUACCUCCGGGUUACACUCCUCCUAUAGGAGAGUACUCAGAAGCUGAGCACGCUUCGUUCUCGUUCCCCGCGACUGUCAAUAUACCACCAGUCGGCACUCAGGGACCUAUCUUAGUGUCGACUCCCAUGGUGGGCACGAGAAUGAAUGAGACCAACAUGACUGAUGGAAUACGAGUGACCCCGGUACCGCAUGUGAUUGCUAAGGAGGAUCCUUCAGCCGAGGCCGCCCCCCACACCACUAUGGUUGGGGGAUUUAAUAGCCUCAUUGGGGCCACAGGAAGGCUGGAAAGUCUGGAGGCGAGGUUGAGAGCUGUUGAGGGAGUUGAAAGUUACGGGUUNGGAGAUGCGGCCAGGUUGAGUUUGGUUCCAAGCCUGAAGAUACCGCCUAAGUUCAAGGCACCGGAGUUCGAGAAGUAUAAGGGUAAUACUUGCCCUAAAAGCCAUGUAACUAUGUACUGCAGAAAGAUGGCUGCGUAUGCUCAUGAUGAGCCUCUACUCAUCCACGUUUUCCAAGAAAGUUUGGCUGGGGUAGCUUUGAAUUGGUAUACCCACUUGGAGCCAUCUCGAAUUCGUUACUGGGCGGAUCUAGCUGACGCCUUUGUGAAACAAUAUGUGUACAACACUCAUGUUGCUCCGGACCGUCUGCAGCUGCAGAAUAUGACGAAGAAGGAUAGUGAAACCUUCAAAGAGUAUGCACAGCGAUGGAGGGAGUUGGCUGCGCAAGUUGAGCCACCGCUUUUUGAUAAAGAGAUGGUGUCGAUGUUCGUAAACACACUCCAGCCGCCAUUUUAUGAGCAUAUGGUUGGGAAUGUAUCUGUCAAUUUUGCUGACACCAUCAUCAUUGGUGAGAGGAUAGAAAUUGGAUUGAAAAACGGAAAGAUAGCAUAUGGCCCACCUGCGGUUACAAGUUACAAAAAGCCCAGCUUCAAUCAAGGGAAGAAGAAAGAGGGAGAGGUACAUGCUGCAUCGGCAAUGCCUGUGUGGAGAGGAAGAGCUCCCAAUCCUAAUUAUCGACCAUACUUAUACCCACCUCCUUAUGCUGCUAACGCCUCGUUUGCACAUCAAACUAGGCCUCAACAACAACAAGCGUAUUAUCCACCACCGCGUAUUCCAACCGAAGCUUCAAGACCGGCCGCGAACAUGGGCCCAAAUCUGAAUGUGGGACAAAACAACAACCCAAGGGGAAAUCAAUUCGUUAGGUUCACCCCAAUUCCUAUGACUUACACUGAAUUGUUACCUAACCUAGUCAAGAAGGGUCUGGUCGCCAUUUGCCCGAUGAAGCCUGUACAGCCGCCAUACCCUAGGGGUUAUGAUGCAAAUGCCAGGUGUAGUUAUCAUGCGGGUGGCGUUGGUCACUCGACCGAAGGAUGCAUGGCCCCCAAAUACAAAGUUCAGGCUCUGAUAGACUCGGGUUGGUUAAAGUUUCAAGAGGAUCAGCCCAGCGUUGAUACUAAUCCAUUGUCCGGGCACGGGAGUUCCUCAGCGAAUGCCGUCGAAGUUGAAAACCAUGAUUUGAUAAGAGAUGUAGGCAAAAUCAGAAGUCCUAGGAGAUUCAUUUUUGAAGCUUUGUUGAAGAAGGGCCUAGUGAAAGGCGACUAUGAUAUGGGUAUAGCGUGCGCACUCCACCCGGAGGCUGGGCACUCUAUUGAGGAAUGUAUGGAAUUCGAGAUCUUUCUACAAGACUUACUUGAUAAAAAUCUUAUGCAAGUGUGCCGCAAGGUCAGAGAGGAAGAAGUAUUUGCACAAACUGGUGGAGAAUCUGAUGUGACUCUGCCCGAACCUUUGGUGAUCCGUUUCACUAGGACCACCCCUACACUGGUAACUGAAGGAAAUCCGUAUGUUGUCAUCCGGGUGCCAACUCCUUUCCCUUAUAAGAACGAGAAAGCCGUCCCAUGGAGGUAUGGGGCAACUGCAUUAGAUGAAGGAAAGGAUGCAAAUCCGACUGUCGAAAACAUAUCAGGCAUUGGUGGAAUGACCAGAAGUGGUCGAAUCUUUACACCACCAGAAUUGGAGAGAGAAAGAGCCAACGAUAGGGAAGCAACAAUGGCUGCAAAAGCAAANGAGUUCUUGAAGGGNAAGAACGUGGAGGNCGAAGAGACUCCUGACAAAGAGGAGAAGAAGGAAAUCUCCGAGGAAGAGGCUGGUGAAUUCCUAAAGUUCAUACAACAAAGUGAGUACAAAGUGGUGGAACAGUUGAACCGCAUGCCUGCCCGGAUCUCCCUGCUAGAAUUACUCAUGCAUUCUGCCUCCCACCGAAAGUUAUUGAUGAAGAUACUCAGUGAGGCUCAUGUGGAGCAAGGUAUUUCUCUGAACAAGUUCGAGGGCAUUGUUAGCAACAUCGUUGCUAAUAAUUACCUCACCUUCACUGAUGAAGAGAUACCUGUCGAGGGAAGAGGUCAUAACAAAGCCCUUCAUGUCUCUGUUAAAUGCCUGGAUCAUGUGAUAGCACGUGUCUUAGUGGAUAAUGGAUCCUCCCUGAACGUCAUGCCAAAAGCAACCUUGGAGAAGCUACCCAGUGAUGGAAUGCAUAUGAAGCCAAGUUCCAUGAUUGUGAGAGCCUUUGAUGGUAGUAAACGGGAAGUGAUGGGAGAGGUAGAACUGCCAGUCCAAGUCGGUCCGUGUGUCUUUCAAGUGACAUUCCAAGUCAUGGACAUCCUCCCGGCCUACAGUUGUCUGUUGGGUCGCCCAUGGAUCCAUUCCGCGGGGGUUGUGCCUUCUACACUACACCAAAAGUUGAAGUAUGUUAUAGGAGACAAACUGGUGAUAGUGGCAGGAGAGGAGGAUUUCCUGGUGAGUGGACCAUCGUCCACCCGUUAUAUUGAAGCAGCCGAGGAAGCUCUCGAGACAGCUUUCCAAUCUCUGGAGAUUGUGGGAAACACCUAUGUGGAGCCAUUCGCGGUCAACCCGCAUCUGUCGCGUGCUUCUAUCAUGAUGGCCAAGGUCAUGCUGAAAGAAGGUUAUAUGCAUGGGAAAGGUUUGGGCAAGUAUGGACAGGGGCGAGCAUUCCCUCUGGAGGUCGUCGAGAAUAAGAAUAGGUAUGGCCUGGGAUACAAGCCCACCAAGGAGGACAUGAGAAGGCUGAUAGAAGAAAGGAGAGAGCGCAGUCUGGCUCAAGUGGAAAGACGAGAGCCCAAGGUGGGAAGACUUCGUAUCUGUGACCUCAAAGAGAGCUUUCGUAGCGCUGGUUGGGUUAACACUGGCCACGUAGCAGCAGUGGGAGAUGAAGAUGGAUCAGAAGGCUCCAGUUUCGUGUGGGCCUGCUCCUCGGAUGCACGACUCGACAACUGGGAGAUGCUGGAUUUGCCCGUGAUGCUUAAUUUGAAUGAGAUGCGCGAUAAUCAAAGUUUAUAUGACAAUGAGUGUUUUGAAAAUAAUUAUGUCGAUAUUCCUGAUUUUGGGCGCCCUGUCAAUAAUACGGAAGAUGAUUGUGAUGAUGACCCGGAACCCCCUCCUGAACUGUUAAGACUAGUGGAACAAGAGUGUAAGGAGAUAAAACCUCAUCAGGAAGAUGUUGAAGUACUCAAUCUGGGGGAUGAGGAUGAGGUAAAGGAGGUGAAGAUCGGUACAACCAUGAAGGCAGAAGUGAAAGAAAAAUUAUGUGUCUUAUUGAGGGAGUUCCAGGACGUGUUUGCUUGGUCUUACAAUGACAUGCCAGGCCUCGAUACAGAUAUUGUGCAACACAGGCUCCCACUCAAGCCGGAUUGCCCACCGGUAAAGCAAAAGCUAAGAAGAAUGAAACCGGAAAUGUCCUUGAAGAUCAAAGAGGAGGUACAGAAGCAAUUCGAUGCAGAGUUCCUAGCCGUGGCGAGAUACCCAGAAUGGGUAGCAAACAUUGUACCGGUGCCUAAGAAGGAUGGUAAAGUUCGAAUGUGUGUCGAUUAUCGAGAUUUGAAUCGCGCAAGCCCAAAGGAUAAUUUCCCAUUACCACACAUCGACACCCUAGUUGAUAAUACAGCCAAGUAUUCACUGUUUUCGUUCAUGGAUGGUUUUUCGAGGUAUAAUCAGAUCAAGAUGGCGCCAGAGGACAUGGAAAAGACGACUUUUAUCACAUUGUGGGGCACAUUUUGCUAUAAGGUGAUGUCUUUUGGACUCAAGAAUGCUGGGGCAACAUAUCAAAGGGCGAUGGUGGCACUUUUUCAUGAUAUGAUGCACAAGGAGAUUGAAGUUUAUGUGGACGACAUGAUUGCGAAGUCUGAAUCAGAAGAAGAACACGUCCUAAACCUGAGAAAACUAUUCGAGAGAUUGAGAAAGUAUAAGCUCAGGUUGAAUCCCGCCAAAUGUACAUUUGGAGUGAAAUCCGGGAAAUUGUUGGGCUUUAUUGUCAGCCAGAAGGGGAUAGAGGUGGAUCCUGACAAAGUGCGAGCGAUAAUGGAAAUGCCUGCGCCUAAAACGGAAAAAGAAGUUCGAGGGUUUUUGGGUAGAUUGAAUUACAUUGCUAGAUUCAUCUCCCAAUUAACUGCUACUUGUGAACCACUGUUCAAGUUGUUACGAAAGAAUCAGGUUGUGGUGUGGAAUGAGGAUUGUCAGGCCGCUUUUGAGAGAGUCAAACAAUACUUACAGGACCCUCCUGUACUAUGUCCACCAGAACCAGGAAGACCACUCAUUUUGUAUUUAACUGUAUUGGACAAGUCAAUGGGUUGUGUAUUAGGUCAGCAUGAUGAAGAUGGCAAAAGAGAGCAUGCUAUAUAUUACUUGAGCAAGAAAUUCACAGACUGCGAACAACGAUAUUCAUCAUUAGAGCGGACUUGCUGCGCAUUGGCAUGGGCUGCUCAUCGUUUAAGGCAAUACAUGCUAAGUCAUUCCACAUGGUUGAUAUCCAAGAUGGAUCCUAUCAAGUACAUUUUUGAAAAGCCUGCUCUUACUGGAAGGAUAGCUCGAUGGCAGAUGCUAUUGUCGGAAUACGACAUCGUAUACGUCACUCAGAAAUCUGUCAAGGGUAGCGCACUAGCAGAAUACCUGGCUCAUCAACCCCUUUGUGAUUAUCAACCAAUGCAACCUGAAUUUCCCGAUGAGGAUAUCAUGGUUGAUCAAGAUGCAGAAUUACCAAGAAUCGAAAUGAAAAGCCAUGCAGAGCCAGCAUAUUGCCACUUCAUCGAGGAGGAGUUAGACGGCAAACCUUGGUACUUUGAUAUCAAGCGUUAUCUUAAAACCCGAGAAUACCCCGAGAAUGCGUCUGAAAACGAUAAAAGAGCACUAAGAAGGUUGGCUGGCAGUUUUAUCUUAAGUGGGGAUGUUCUAUACAAGAGAAACCAUGACAUGGUUCUCCUCAGAUGUGUGGAUGCAAAGGAAGCUGAGCUGAUAUUGAAAGAAGUGCACGAAGGUACAUUUGGCACACACAUGAAUGGUCAUUCAAUGGCUAGGAAGAUAUUAAGAGCUGGUUAG